AUGCCUAUGUCUCUUCCAGUGAAUGCUGACUCCUGCUGGCCCAAAGAUGUGGGAAUUAUUGCACUUGAAAUAUAUUUUCCUUCUCAGUACGUUGACCAGACAGAGCUGGAGAAGUAUGAUGGUGGGAAUGGUGGCAAAUACACAAUUGGGCUAGGCCAGUCAAAGAUGGGGUUCUGCUCUGACCAGGAGGAUAUCAAUUCUCUCUGUUUAACUGUUGUUAAGAAGCUCAUGGAGAGGAACCGCCUUUCCUAUGAUUGUAUUGGGAGACUAGAAGUUGGAACAGAGACAAUAAUUGAUAAAUCAAAAUCUGUAAAGACUGUCCUGAUGCAGCUUUUUGAAGAAUCUGGGAAUAUGAAUGUAGAAGGAAUUGACACUAUGAAUGCAUGCUACGGAGGCACUGCUGCUCUUUUUAAUGCUAUUAAUUGGAUUGAGUCCAGUUCUUGGGAUGGACGUUAUGCACUCGUUGUUGCUGGAGACAUAGCUGUGUAUGCCACUGGAAAUGCCAGGCCAACAGGUGGAGCUGGUGCUGUUGCUAUGCUAGUUGGUCCAAAUGCUCCCUUAAGUUUUGAGAGAGGGUUGCGUGGAACGCACAUACAGCAUGCGUAUGACUUCUAUAAACCAGAUAUGGUCUCUGAAUAUCCUGUGGUUGAUGAUAAAUUAUCUAUACAGUGCUACCUCAGUGCAUUAGAUCGCUGCUAUACUGUCUAUCGCAACAAAAUCCAUGCCCAGUGGCAAAAGGAGGGGACAGACAGAUGUUUCACCUUGAAUGACUUUGGAUUCAUGAUCUUUCAUUUACCCUACUGUAAACUGGUACAGAAAUCUGUGGCUAGACUAUUGCUGAAUGACUUUCUCAGUGACCAGAACCCAGAAACAGCAAAUGGUGUUUUCAGUGGUUUGGAAGCUUUCAGAGAUGUAAAACUUGAAGAUACAUAUUUUGACAGAGAUAUGGAAAAAGCUUUUAUGAAAGCCAGUGCAGAGCUCUUCAAUCAGAAAACCAAAGAUUCAUUACUUGUAUCCAUUCAGAAUGGAAAUAUGUAUACCCCUUCAGUCUAUGGUUGCCUUGCCUCUCUUCUAGCCCAGUAA